AGAGGACCAUCCAAGCCACCAGGGCCUGCUGCUCAGCUCAUUGUAAUUUCUCUUAUUUGAACUCUCUCUCUCACUCCCUCUCUGUAUCUCUCUCUUCGUCGUUCCUCUCUUUCCUCUCUCUUUCUCUCUCUGGCUCUGACAGCUGAACCCUGGUCAGAUCUCCUGGAUUAAUUGGAGGAGCUAUUCAUUCCCUCUGGGCUCAUUCGGAAGCCAUUUUAUUAGCUGUUGUAGGUUAGAAGAAGAACCGUUGUCCUGUGACCUGUCAGCUUGUCUCUCAGAAAACAAUCAGUCAGUUUAUUUUAUUUUUUCAUUUGAACCACAUACUUGUCAGAAUGAAGGACCGUCUGGCGCAGCUGAAGGAGAAGAGUGACGCUGGAGGGGAUGACAUCGAGAUUCCUGUGGAGAAUGAGGCUUUUAUGGAUGAUUUCUUUGCUCAGAUUGAAGAUAUCCGUGUCAGCGUUGACAAGGUUGAUGGGAGCAUCACAGAAAUCAAAAAACUCUACUCCACCAUCUUGUCGGCCCCCACAUCUGACCAGAAAACUCAAGAUGAUGUUGAAGCUGUCACCAAUGAGAUCAAGAAGUCAGCCAACAACGCCAGAAACAAACUGAAAAGUAUCGAGCGGCAGCUGGAGUCAAACACAGAUGACAGGGCCUCUGCUGACCUAAGGAUACGCAAGUCCCAGCAUGGUAUCCUGGCCAAGAAAUUUGUAGAGGUGAUGACAAAGUACAACGAGGCUCAAGUUGACUUCAGAGAUAAGAGCAAAGGACGGAUUGCACGACAGCUAGAGAUCACGGGGAAAGCAACGACAGAUGACGAGCUGGAGGAGAUGCUUGAGGGAGGAAACUCUGCUGUGUUCUCUGCUGGGAUUAUGGAUUCAAAGAUCAACCAGCAGGCCCUGAACGAGAUCGAGGCUCGUCACAAAGACAUCAUGAGGCUGGAGAGCAGCAUCAAAGAGCUCCAUGACAUGUUUGUGGACAUCGCAAUGAUAGUUGAAAACCAGGGUGGCAUGAUUGACAGGAUUGAGAGCAACAUGGACCAGUCUGUGGGCUUCGUAGAGAGGGCGGUAGCAGAUACCAAGAAAGCUGCCAAGUUCCAGCAGGAGGCACGCAGGAAACAAAUGAUGAUCUUCUGCUGCUGUGUGAUUCUGGCCCUCAUCAUCGGGUCGUUUCUCUACAGCUUCAUCCGAUAGAUAACCUGAGGCCAUCUGCUAGCGGUGUCCACACAGUAGAGGAGGAGGAGGCAGAGCCAAGUGUUCCUCAGAUGGUCACAAACAGCCGUUUGCCAUUUUUUCAGCUCAUUCAAAAUGGAAGUCCAGGCCCCAACUGUUUGCAUUCAUAUUCGGUUAUUUCUGAAUAUCAGUUUAUCUCCCUUAGAAACAGUCAAGAUAGAAGAUGAAAGAAAAUGUUGUAUACAUAAUGAGCAGUCGGUUGUGUGAAUGAUCCUUCGAGUCCCAUUUUGUCUCUGAGCUCAGUAUUACCUUUACUGUUGCAGUGGUUGUAUCAGUUGGAAUGGAAUUAGGUGCAGGAUUUGUCAGUUAUUGUUGGAGGAAUGUUGAUGUUAGAUUAUUUGAAUCUGGAGAGGGGAAAAUAGGAAAACUGGACCAGAUGUGUCACUAGAUGAAAGCUCCAGGGGUCAGCAGGUUAAUCAAAACAUUUAUUUUGUUUUCUGCCUUUUGUUUUUAUUUACACUGUCAACUUUUUACCUAAGAAAAAUAUCCUUAUUUGUAGGCUGUGUGUGUCCCACCAUACCUUUAACUCACAAAUCUGUCAAACCUGAAAGAAUGUCUUGGAUUAAUUAGUACCUCCGAUUAUUUAUUCGGACACUCCCAGCAGUUGUCAGGAUCUGAUUCCACAUGAGGCGUGAGGCUGGUGGUUCUAUCUAACGUUUGUUAUUAUAAGUAAAUAAUAAAUAUAUAAAUAAAGAAUAAAAAACAGAGUCUGUUAACGUUUGAGCGUCUGGCAGGAAGCAUGACCUCCACACUGCCUGACAUUAUGAUGCAUCUGUAUGAACUCACUACCGCAAGUAUUGAGACAGUUGUCCCCCCCCCCCCCCCCCCCCUUUGAACAUUUGUCUAUUAUUUGUGUUACGAUGUGAAACCAAACUACUGUGCGAUUUGACUGCAUCUAAUGAUACAAUUCAAACCAUGCUGUGGAUAUGCAACUGCUAUGAAUCCAUAGUGGGCCUUUUUUUAAAUCCUUUUUCAAUAAUGACAGAAGGGAAGUCAUCGUAGUUGAUGUUGAACUGAUUAAAAGAUUAUAGACUGUAGGUUGAGCUGAGAAUAGUAUUCUGAAGGUGUCAGGCUAGAAAUGGAAACAAACACGGUGAAUUGGACUUUAGCUAUAUUUCCAUAGAGGUUGUUCUUGUUUAUUGCCAUGACUUGACUCUAAUGGCUAAUUAACAUUGGCAUCCUUCCCCUUUGCCGGUAAUCUACAGAUGCAGUUGGCUCCACUGCAUGGUUGAGCUGUAAUCGACACAGCAGCCCAUCCGUAUUGUGACAUAUUCCCAUUUUAGCUAUUACCUUUUCGACCUAUAGGACACUAAACGAAACAAGGCUUGAAAUAACAACAGCUUGAUACCAGACAGUCCAAUAUAGUCCAAAUCAAAGGGAUAAAAUUAAUUUUUCCAACAUUAGAUAUUGUGAUAUGUUUACUACCACAACCUGGGUCGUUUGUUUAACUGUUAAUGUAUUUUGACUUAUAUAACCUGUUGUGUGUCCAUAUGACAGCAUGAGAAAGCUGCUUUCUUAUCGAGGUUUCCACAGGGCAAAAUGGAAAUGUAAAAUCAUAAUGACCAUAAAAUCGUAUUAAUAUUAUUACAAUAAUAAUAGUCUUGUUAUGAUGUAGGUUGAAGGGGCAGUUUGGAAAUUAGGAAAGACUGGUCAUGGUGAACCAUGGAUCAUCAGCAGUAGCCACUUACUGAUUACAUUUUGUGAUUGUAUUCUUCUCUUUCUGCAUUUACAGCCUUUGUAGCAGUACUUAGUGGAUGUUAUUCUAUUGUUAAUUCUUUUUUAGCUCUUUCUACGUGUCUUCAAAAAUAAAAUGGAUGUGUUA